CUUGCAGGUCUCCUUGGCAUGCGCCGGGUGGACCGCCCACCUUAGACAGUACGCAAUUAUUCCGAAAGAUUCGGAGAUCUUUGUUACCAUUAAGACCGGGACGGUAGAAAGGCUCUUGGAGCUGUUCAGUCAGGGGCUCGCAUCACCCUUUUGCAUAAAUCCCGACGGGUGGAGUCCUCUCCAUUACGCGAUGGUGUAUAACUGGGACUUCGUCGAACCACUCAUGCGAGCGGGGCUAGACUUGUUCGCCGAGAACUUCAAACGUUCUCGGCCAUGCGACUUCUUGUUCACCGGCAUGGCGAAGCGUGCCGGGGCGGCCGGCGAGGUGGCUCUGCAGAGGCUCAUGCUCGCCAAAGGCGUGUACGACGAAGCCUGCGAGUGCCACAAGAACCCCUGGGACUCUAAAAUGGCCCUGAAGGCUGCGGUCCUGAUGCUCCGGAGCUGCGAGCUCUUCGACUUGUUCCACACGAACGUCUUUCCGGACCUGUACCGCUGGCCGCUGAUUGCCCGGGCGCAGCUGUUCUCCUUCUACUACCGGCCGUUCGUCGACCCCAAGGCCGUCGCGCGCCUGUUCCACCCCGACGGUCGUUUCCGCGCCGAAGACCUGCGAUACCCGCUCUGCCUCAGGGGGCGGACCGUGUUCCAGUUCUACGCCGUCACGUACUUCAUGGUGGAAUUCGACGAGGGCCGCCGCGACUCUAUCUCCCCACCGGGGCCCUUCCAGCCCGACGGCUACAAACGAUACUGGGGACGCCCGAAUCCAGCCCGCCUCGUUGUUCGCGAAAUGGUUGCCGCCUUGGAUCCCAGCGACCUCAGCACGCCUUCUUCCAAGUCCGGGAAUACGGUGCUGAUGGAUGGGAUCUUGUUGUGGAGAGAGAAGCUGCAGUGCAGAUACCAGCGCUAUUGCCGCCGCCGACGCUGGAAAUAUCUGAUGCGCAGCGUCCUCAGAUACUGGCUGGAGGAUUUGAAAGAGAGCGGUCAAAACCUAGAGGAGUAUGGAGAAGCCGAGGCGGCGGCUUUCCGCCGUCGGGAACAUGUGGCAAGUCGUCUAACCUGGCCCCCGAGAGCCAAUGGAGUAAAGGGCUCAGCCGAAGGCGGAUACCGCUGGAAAGGGUUCAAGUACGGACCACGGCCGGCGGAUUGGGAUCUCAUAUGGGAAUGGGAUCCACUUGUCGAGGAGCUUGCCGGGGAGUUCGGGGCGUGCAUCGAAGAAACACCUCUGGCUCUUCCUGGCGCGUGGGUCGAAGACGACGGCGACGGCUCGGAGGAACAAUUCGCUAAACAUAAGUUUUUCAACCAUCUUGGUAUUAUCCCGGUGCGCAUUUGAAGGAGCAGCAGGUUUGCUGAGAUGCUGUACCUGCCUCAAGCCGAGCAGCUCGAUCCCUGGCCGCACGUAUUGCUGGUUCCCCAACCCGGUGCAAGCCUUCGGCAGCGGCCUGCGUUACACGGCUUCUCAGCCGACCUUCACCAACCCCCCACCAGCACCACCGCUCUCGGUCCACGACCUUCUCAACCACAGCAAGCGCUACCAAGCACCUGGCGCCCUACCAGCGCUAAUCAAGAGUUAGCUCAGCACCGGCGGCCAGAUCAUGUCCGACCACGUGGCUCUCGCGUUCGCGUUCGGGGCGACCAAGGGCGCAGGGUCCGCGCCGUAACACUGACGGCGAACACUACACGCGGUUGGGGGGG